AAAAAAAAAAAGGUAGGUAGGUUUAGGUUUUAACCUCAAACUCAUCUCAAGUUUUAAACUACCUGCCAAUCUACCUAAUCUAUAAUUUUUACUUUUGAAAGUUUUCAAAUUUAAACAAGCUAUAUUUAAUAAAUUACUUAUAUCCAUCAAUCAACAAUGCCACUAGAAGUCCAAGGAACAUUCGUAUCACAAAAAAUCAACAAAAUAAGGUGGAUACCGGAAGAAUAUGUUGAGACAAAGUGCUUUUUCACCGGCAGCUGGGAUGAUACCGCGAACUCUGUAAAAGUUUGGUCAUUCGAAAGCCUUCAUGAGGAUGAGGACGUGGAAUAUCCUAAAGAGCUCUCCGAACAUCCCAUUGAAGGCGAUGUAACACAGAUAAAGUUUGUAGACAAAACCAAAAUAGCAGUGUCUUCGUCUAAUGGUGAUGUCAGAAUUUUAGAGGUUAGUUUAUACGAUAAACAAACUCCAUUGAGCGAAUUGUACUCUUGGAAAAAACUGCACAAUUAUGGUGUGGAGGAAUGUUCUUGUACGACAUUAGAUGUCUUUGAGGGAGACAUUGCUACAGUAGGAGAGGAUGGUAACCUAAACAUCUUGAAUGGAAGGCGGGGAGACAUCAGUCAUACAAUUACCGGUGCUGACAGCAGUUCAAUUCAUUCCGUUUGCUUCAUCAAACACACUGAAGUUAUAACUGGCAAUGUAAGAGGGCAUAUGAAAAUCUGGGAUAUAAGAUCUUCAAACAACAAACCAACUGCCUCCUUCCUCUUAGCUGGCGAUGAGUUAGCUGCUACAUGUAUUGUGUACCACCCCACACAACCGUACAUCAUCCUCGCAGGCAGCGAAUCAGGGUCCGUAGCACUUUGGGACUUACGUAUGAACUCAUUCCCUACAUCUUUACUAAACGCUCAUUCGGCAGGAGUUACAGAAAUCCAGUUCCAUCCAGAGAACCCGAAUAAAUUAUUGUCCUGUUCAGUUUCUGGCGAUAUUUGGGAUUGGAACAUGGAGGGUAUCACGAAGAGCUCCAAAGGCCCGGAUAAUCAAAUAACUACUUUCAUGCCUUUGGAAGACAAAAAUUCUAUGAUGGUGAAUUCUCUCAUGCCAGCUUUACAUAAGGCAAUUAACAGUUUACACUGUGAUAAAGGUAGAAUCUUGUGUGGAGCUGAUAACGAAGCUAUAUAUCUUAUUAAGAAUUUGAAGUACUAGUUUUAUGGGAAGUGUGUUGUUCUGGUCAAUGUUGACAAAUGCAUGUGGAAGUAUUAUUUGUUAUGAUGAUGUUUAUUUUUUACCCAGGUGGUUAAGAUUAUGUUAAAUGUUGUUGUCAUCAAUGUAUGUGUAAUGUCUGUACCUUAAGAACAACGUGAUUGGUGAAAACCUAAGUUAAGGCUUGUGUAUAGGAUGAAUAAAGGUUUUGUUCGAGUGGUAAUAAAAGAGGGCUAUUUGAUGUAAUAA